CUCCGUGUACAUGCUUUGAAGUUUGCACCCGAGCGCCAAGACGUAUACAUAUAGGCAACUCCCCAAAGUUUCGACUCCCUGUGUUUGAAAGGCCAUGGCCUCCCCAGAGCCUAGUAAUCGAGCGCCUCAUAAGGCUGCCAUGUCGCGAACGCCAUCAUAUAUUCAAUUUGCACCGCGCCGUGCGAUGGCCUCUUUCGAGAACCUCGUUGCACUCGCAAACCACCAAGAGCGACUCCGGGAAGCCCGAAGGAUUGUCUGGAGGGAGCGCGGCGAGCCUGCUGCCGAGCUUGAAGAUCUUUGGGAGUGCAUGGAGCAUGCGGGGCGUGGAGGAUUGAGGGCUGCAACGAUUGCUUUUGCUCUCCGUGCAAGCGUGAAUCUUGUGCUGGCCACGAUAAGAAUAGGAAAGGUACCAAAGCACAUGAGGCUUUCACUUAUUCAACAUGCAAUCUUUGGAAAGGACUCGUUUAGAUUCGCAGCCAUGCUUGGCUCCUUCGUGACUAUUUACAAGGCGAUACUUAACGCCCUCCCCGUCAUCCUUCCCGUCAAUGAACGCGCAAACCUACCCUCACCAUUUGAGGACGAGCACGAAGAUGAAGAUAUCGAAGCCCCACCAACGCCUUUCGAAGUUCCUCUCUCAGCCAGACAGCCGCGCCUCUCCUUAAGUGCUCAAGCACAUCAAAUUUGGGUGCGUAAAAAGACGCGACGGUGGCACGCUAUGUUUGCUGGUGCUCUAGCCGGUGGCCUCGCGGUUAUGUUUGAAAAGCGAUCAAGAAGGGUUGUCAUCGCACAACAACUCUUCGUUCGGGGUCUUCAAGGUUCAUAUAACGCGUUUACUACGAAGCACGGUUUUCAUCUACCCUAUGGAGAUGUGCUCAUGUUUUGUCUUUGUUCUGCACAAAUUGUGCACGGAUUCCUUGCUCGACCGGAGACGCUCCCGCGAUCAUACAUAACGUGGCUUACAACUGCGUCGGGCGCUCCGGCGAGCGCGAUCAAGAUAGUCCAAGAGAUGAACCAGACUGGGACGUUUGACAUACAGGACCUCGACAAGAUCCUCAACCGCGAGGACAUCAUCCCCACACAUCAGGCCACUCUUCUCGCUAGAAAGGCACUGGCUACCAAUUCGUCUCCUGACUUUGGGCCGCCCUACGCUCCCUGUGCCGCCGUGCACCCCUGGGUGGAGUCAUGCACACAUGUGCCGCUACCACGCUUCGUCACAGUAUUCAAAUGGGCCUUCCCAAUCUAUGGUGCUCUGCAUUUUGUCCCGAUGAUAUUGUUCAAGCGGCAUGCGUUCUUCAAGAACCCAUUGCACAAGCUUGGGCGUGCAGGGUGGGCUACGAUACGGAGUUCUGCAUUCUUAGCAACGUUCAUUGCUACGUUCCAGACGUGGUUCUGUUUCAAGCAUUACCUCUACCAGAUGCUGUCCUCCCAAACUUUAGUCAAGCUCCCACAGAAAUUUAUCGACUUCUUUGCGUCAAAAUAUUCCUAUGCACUCGGUGGACUGUUUGGUGCGCUUUCACUUCUUGUCGAGGAAAAGCGCAGGCGAGGAGAGCUCGCGAUGUAUGUUUUGCCGAAGGGCCUGGAAAGUGCCUGGUUGACGGCACGAGGCAGGGGCUGGGUGUUCCACACCGGUCACUUUGGGGAGAUGAUUCUCACUGCGAUGGGAAUGAGUAUGGUUAUGGUGACUCACUCUUUUCAGAACGACCCACAGCAUCUGUCUGGGCUUGUCAGGCGGAUAUUAUAUCAGUUCAUCGGGCCUAACUGAGCGAGGGCGGCGAGAUCGUAUAUCCGCUUGGAAGGGAUUGUUCAUUUUUUGUGGGUUUUUGUCCCAUCACUUGCCCUCGUAGUAACAUGUACGUUGGGGCAGCAUCAAUGUUGUUGUGCUCCUUUGAGCUUGUAAUGAUAAUGACUUUACGUUCUGAUGAGAACGACGCAUCAAGAUCGCAUUGACGACAACCAGACCCGGGAGACCAUGCCAAACAAAUUUCAGGGUUCAACGUUCAAACGUUCAUCAGCUGUUCAAGUACUUUCAAUUGCGAGGUGGCGCAGGCAAAGUCGACCUCGCCAAUGUACACUGCCAGUAGUGUGCAUGUUUGCAUGAAUGUGUUGUUUGACUCGCUGAUAUGUAAUGUGGUAGGAUUAUACGUGCUGGAUACGUUCACGUGAUAAAUAACGGGUGGUAGCC